CGUCAAUAUAGGUAUUUAUACUUAUUACGUGUAGAUAUAAUUAAUUAUCGUUAAUGUACAUUUCCAGACGUUAAGUUACAGUUAUGAAGGUGAAAGUGUUGUCGAGGAAUCCAAGCGAGUAUUUACGCGAGACUACGCGUGAUAUUCACAAAGUCCCAAGGAACUACAAUCCAGCUCUGCAUCCGUUUGAGGCUCCUAGAGAGUACACUCGUGCUUUGAACGCAGUCAAACUCGACCGUACCUUUGCAAAGCCGUUCAUCGGCAACCUCGAGGGCCACACAGAUUCUGUUUCGUGUCUCUCCAAACACCCCUCAAAGUUAGGAACUCUGCUGAGUGGUGCCUUCGACGGUGUGGUCAAAGUGUGGAAUCUAACCCAGAGAACAUGUGUACGUACCAUCUUGGCUCAUAAUGGCACUGUGGCUGGUAUUGCGGUGACACCAGAUGCCGAGCACUUUGUAACUGUUGGUAUAGACCAAACGAUCAAAACAUGGAGUACCGAGAAGCCCGAUGACGACUGCGAAGAAGAACCUACAAAUACCAUUAUUCACGGGGUUGUUAUAACUGGUAUAAGUCAUCAUCGAGAGAAUCCUCAGUUUGCCACUUGUGGACACGAGUGCAAUGUAUGGGAAUAUGAAAGAAAUAUACCAAUAAAGACUUACAAGUGGGGUAAUGAUACAUUAAAUGAUGUCAAAUUUAAUCAAGUACAAACGAAUUUGCUUGCUACCUGUACUAGUGGUAAUAAAGUGAUUAUUUAUGACACGAGAAAAACUGGGCCAAUGAGGAGCGUACAAAUGAAUCUAAGGCCCAACAAAUUGUGUUGGAAUCCAAUGGAGGCAUUCACUUUUACAAUUGCUGGAGAAGAUUACAACUUGUAUACAUUUGACAUACGACAGAUGAAGUCACCAGUUAAUGUUCAUUUUGAUCACACAGAAGCCGUUACAGAUAUAGAUUACAGUCCUACUGGUAGAGAGUUUGUGUCGGGUAGCUAUGACAGAUCAAUCAGAAUUUUCGAGGUCAACAAAGGCCAUUCCAGAGAAAUUUAUCAUACAAAACGUAUGCAGAGACUUACGUGCGUUGCGUGGACACUUGAUAAUAAAUACAUAAUAAAUGGUAGUGAUGAAAUGAACAUCCGCAUAUGGAAAGCUAAGGCAUCAGAAAAGUUGGGAGUGUUGAGACCUCGAGAGAAGGCAUCGUUGAAUUAUAGCCAAACAUUAAAAGAGAAAUUUGCAAGUCAUCCGCAAAUACGACGAAUUGCACGACACAGACAAGUCCCGAAGCACAUUUACAAGGCACAAGAUGAACUUCGAGCACAGCGGCAAAAAAUCAAGCUCAAAGAGUCCCGAAGACGCGCACACUCAAAGCCAGGAGCAGAGCCUUUUGUAUCAGAAAGAAAAAGACAUGUCACCAGAAUGGAAGUUUAAUUUACCAUCAAUUUUUUUUUACUUAUACGUUACGUUCGCACUGCAGCCAAUUUUUAUAUUCAUUUCAAUCACGUAAUUACAGAAUAAAUGAAAAAUUUUGUACAUAUAAAUGGUGCUUGUUUUUUGAGGUAUUAAAUCAGG